UCAACGGCUCGAGCGAGGGUAACGCUUGAUUGCGCGAACAACAGAGCAGUCGGAUGUGGGCCAUGGACCGUUGUUUAUGAGACAACGGACAAGUUGCAGGUCCCUUGCAUAUCUUUACGCCUACUUGACGGUCGAUGGCUCUGCUGGCUUUUCCGAAGCAUGAUUUCGUUUGCCACGUCUUCUUUUCGUCUUUCCUUUUGCUUCAUCACCUCCUUUCCUCUGCUACUUCGAUCGCGUUCACCUCCGACUUCUUUGCACAUACCCUUCUUGCGCUGGUCGCCCAGUCUCCUUUCACAUCUGCUUCUAUUGCUGCUUCACAUCUUUCAAGAUUUGAGUUGACCGAUUGUCACUCGCCUCGUUGUCGCCUCUUCGACUUCCUUUCGAGUGUGCUCUUGUUCUGUUGCGCCAUCAUCUACCCAUUGACGUUCGCACAGACCGGUCUCCUUACCUUUCCCUUCCAUUCCUUUCAAAGUUAGAAGAGGCUCGUCCCCGCUCGGGCAGAUUUUCUGGGUGCUGACCCCAUUCCAAAGUUUAGAUGUCUACCCAGCCUCUUCCAUCUUCCGUUUCGGAAUCUGCAGAAAUCCAGGCAAGCGCCCCACACUCGCGAAAGUCGACGAGCCCGGGCUUUGUUGAGGGAUCGGAGUCCAGCUCUGGGCCAGUCCAAGAGUAAGUGACAACGGCCGCCGACUCGCUCACGCACCAGCAGGCCGGAGGCGCGACCGCCAUCGGGCUUAGCCCGCACCCCUCUCAGUCUUUCAGUGACCUUCUCCACAGCUUUGAUAUCCCUGACGUCGACUCUUGGCUACCUUGGUUGAACAGUGAAGCAGUUGGACCUACACUACAGCA